AUGCAACUUAAAUUCACAGUGACGACAAUAAUUGUCCUUUCGACAUUUUCAUCACAGAAGAGGGUGAGGGCCCUCAGAGUUCCUUCAAAGCAAACAUGGUCAUAUGAACUGAAAUCGGUAACAGCCCAUUCGGAUAAUCCCGAUUUAUGGAGUUUUAGUGAAGCUAAAGCAGAACGAAUAAGUCGUGGUGUUUACGGUGCCACACUAAGUUUUGAUGUGAAUUUUGAUGUUAUCGAAGGAGAUGAUUCUGAGGUUGAAAUGCUUUCAUAUCGCAGUGAAAACGGUGUCAAAGAAUUUAAGGAAUUCCCAUUUAAAGUUGAUCGACAACACUAUUUUGAUUAUUUUAAUAACUUUUACAAAUUGGUUAUGGACACUUUCAGAGAAUGUUCCAAUAUGCCGAUAUUUGAGGAUAAAUUUCAACCACCAUUUGAAAAGAAAACAUACAUAUUGAACAAAUGUCAAUUCGAAAAAGAACAAUUUCCUCAACAUAUGCAGGAUGGAUUUUAUAAGGUGGUCCUCAAUGGUUAUGGAGCUGCACGUUGGUAUAUAGAGUUAAUCGUUGAAAUAACAAAUGAACUAUAG